ACGGCAUGUUUUCUUGGAUCAGCCCCCUGCAGAGGCAAAGAAAGGCCUGCCGUAUGUUAAUGGGCCUACUUCCGUAAAGGUGCUGGAGCAAGAUGUGGUUCUCCAGUCCAUUGACCGUGCCAUCGAGGCUGUGCACAAUGCAGCCAUGAAGAAUGGAGGCAAGUACAACCUGGAGCAGAGAGAUGUCCUGCAAAAACUGAUCCAUCACCGGAAGGAGACUGUGUCCCGCAAAGGUCAUUCACCUAGCCCUCAGGGGAUGGUUAUGACCCAGUCCUCCAGCGAUCACCAUCUGGAUGUGGCGCGGCAGCCCAACGGGGUGUGCCGGACGGGAUACGAGCGACAUCACAGUCUUCCAAACACUGAGUUUGAGGAGGAGGAUGAAGGCCUGUAUCAGAUCCCACCACAGCCCCGGCGUGCGGCCCCCAUCACGCCCCCACCUCCAGAGAAACGCAAGAACGCACAGAUUGCUGCACCUAUUAAAAAUGCUGUUGAAAUUAUCUCUGGGUCAGCUUCUAGCGCCUCCUCUAUAAGCACAACGUCCCUGGAUACCUUGUACACUGCUUCUUCUGCGUCAGAAACCGCUCUCCCAACGGCCACGUCCAGUCCUGCCAACACGCCUCCCCCUGUCCCCAGCCGGAGUGUUCACACCACCAUAACGCGCAAUUUGGAUGCAAGCUCAGUGGCCCACCCCCGUUAUGGGACUUCCCCAAAGGAGGGGGCUAGCAAAUCUCCCCAGACCAAGCGGGCUGCCCCCGCGCCACCCACUGAAGGAGGGGUUCAGAGGUCCGGUGCUACAGAUAGGGAGAAGGAUCCUCAGGUCAAGAAAGCUGCCCCGGCUUCCCCUGCGAGCCUUGACGCUUUCAGCGCGCUCUGCCUUGACGACAAGAAGGCGGCCGCGGUGGAGCCCACAGCGCCAGAGCCCAGUGGCCUGACCACGUCCGUGCCCAAGACAAUCGGGGCCGAGCUGAUCGAGCUGGUGCGCAGGAACACCAACCUCAGCUACGAGCUGUCCCGCGUGGCCAUCGGCGUGGUCAUCGGCCACAUCCAGACCUCCAUCCCGGCAACCAGCAGCAUCAUGGAACAGAUUCUUAUCUCCGUGGUGGAGAGUAAGAAUCUGAGCUCUGGGCUGCCCUCAGGACAGGUUUGCCAUGACGAGCAGAGGCUGGAGGUGAUCUUCACAGAUCUGGCCAGGCACAAGGAUGAUGCUCAGCAGCGCAGCUGGGCACUCUAUGAGGAUGAAAACGUCAUCUGCUGUUACCUGGAGGAGCUGCUUCGCAUCCUGACAGAUGCAGACCCAGACGUUUGCAAGAAAAUGUGCAAGAAGAAUGAGUUUGAAUCAGUCCUGUCCCUUGUGGCAUAUUAUCAGAUGGAACACAGGGUGCCGUUACGGCUGCUGCUGUUGAAGUGCUUUGGAGCAAUGUGCAACUUGGACGCUGCGGUUAUCUCAAUGCUUGUAAACUCUGUGCUGCCAAUGGAGCUGGCCCGUGACAUGCAGACUCACACGCAAGAUCAUCAAAAGAUGUGUUAUUCUGCACUGGUGCUGGCAAUGAUAUUCUCCAUGGGGGAGCCACUGCCGUAUCAUCACUACGAACAUCUCAACUCACAGUUUGUGCAGUUCCUGCUGGAUGUGAUUGAGGACGGACUGCCCUCAGACACCACUGACCAGCUGCCCGACUUAUUUGUCAAUGUCCUUCUGGCCUUCAACCUUCACAUUCCAGUUCCAGAACACAGUGUGAUCAUGACUACAAUAAGCAAGCACUCAAAUGUCAAGACUUUCACAGAAAAACUACUGCUGCUGCUGAACAGGGGAGAUGAUCCAGUUUGUAUCUUCAAGCAUCAGCCUCAGCCACCGCACUCAGUGCUGAAGUUUCUGCAGGACAUCUUUGCCAGCAAGGAUACGGCCAGCAUCUUCUACCACACUGACAUGAUGGUCCUGAUAGACAUCUUGGUGCGACAGAUCGCUGAUCUCUCCCCUGGAGACAAGCUGAGGAUGGAGUAUCUGUCUCUGAUGCACGCCAUCAUCCGCUCCACACCAUAUCUGCAGCACCAGCAUCGCCUCUCUGACCUGCAGGGCAUCUUGCAGCGUAUCCUAGGAGAGGAGGAGGAGGGGCAGCAGUGCCAGAUGGACAAACUGAUCAUCUUGGAAAUUUAUAAAGAGUUUCCAGAAAUCUCUCCGGGUACCAGCUAACCGCUCCUUGGCUUGGACUGGAGUUUGAACCACUUGGAUCAAAGACGUCUCUUGUUGACACUUUCUCCCCAUUCCCUUCCAGUACAGCUCAUACCUUAUAUUCCUCCGUGCGAGGCCUAAGGUUUGGACAGAGUGUUCAUGGCCCUUUAGAAAUGCCAGCGGCAGGGGGGGCAUGGGAUGCCCCCGGGGCCUGGUGCUCUGGGGACGUUAGCGCUGGGUAGAGCGGGGUGGGCGCUAGCUCGAGGUUUGCACACAAGAUGUGGUACAGGAGGGUAUUUAACCAGCUGGUGUUGACAGAAGGGCAGAGAGCUUGUGAGGGACUUGGCGGUCUGGAUGGUUGUGUGCGUGUAGCUACGCUGGUGUCCCGAGGUCCUGGAGCGAAAGGCCUUUGCCUUAGGGUAUCACUUCUUUUCCAUGUGCAUCUCUCCCUGCAGUGACCAAGUGGAGUCCUCUGGUGCUUGGAAGAAGCUUUCGUAACAUCUGUUUUGUUUUCUGCUGCUAGUGCCAAGCCCUGCCAAGGGAGGUAGCUUGCUCGCUGUCUAACGCCUUGCCUGGUGAGCCUUUCGCUCCCUCCUGGCUCUCAGCUUCGACCC